UCAGAUGAUUGAUGGUUAUCUGUUAUGUAAUGUAACAGUCAUACGAGGUGAAUUCAAGGGGCAUUGAAAUAUUCUGCAAGAGUUGGCUUCCUGAGGCAUCCAAGCCAAAAGCAACAGUGUUUUUCUGUGAUGGAUAUGGAGACAUCUGCACUUUUUUCUUUGAAGGCAUGUUCCUGGUAUUAAUAACAUGUAUCUGCAAUUAACUAGAGCAGUAAUGCUGUGAAUUAGCAACUCGAACGUGUCAUGGGAUUAUUUUCAGGCAUAGCUAGGAAGAUAGCAUUAGCUGGAUACAGAGUCUUUGCUAUGGAUUAUCCUGGAUUUGGCCUUUCACAAGGCCUCCAUGGCUAUAUCCCUAAUUUUGAUGGUCUUGUUGAUGAUGUCAUUGAACAUUACUCCAAAAUCAAAG